AUGCAAAAUUCUCAAAUUACUCCACAAUAUUUCAAUGUUACUUUUAAUCCAGAUGAUAGAUCAUUAAGAUAUGCAUUAGAUUUAACUACAGAUAUAAGUGCAAGAGUAACAGCUCAUGUUCAAGUUUAUGCUUAUGGAUUUUUAAUUAUUGAAAAAGAUGUUGAUAUGUGUACUAUAGGUUGGAAACAAUUUUGUCCUAUUUAUCCUGGUACUUUACAAAUUAAUAGUGUUACAUAUAUUAGUCCUACUUAUACAAGAAUGAUUCCUGGUAUAGCUUAUCAAGUUCCUGAUAUUGAUGCAGUUGUUAAAAUUAUUGUUAGAGAUCAAAGUACUGGUGAACAAUUAUCUUGUAUUCAAUCUGGAUUUUCAAAUGGUAAAACUAUAAAUCAAACUGGUGUUAAAUGGGCAACAGCAGUUAUUGCAGGUUUAGGUUUAUUAAUAGCUGCUAUAUUAUCAACUUUUGGUAAUUCAAAUGCUGCUUCUCAUAUUUCUGCAAAUUCAGUUAGUUUAUUCUUAUAUUUUCAAAGUGUUGUAGUUGUUUCAAUGCAAGCAGUUGAAAGAAUGCCACCAAUUGCAAGUGCAUGGGCUGAAAAUUUAGCUUGGUCAAUGGGAUUAAUUCGUAUUACUUUUAUGCAAAAAAUAUUUAGAUGGUAUGUUCAAUCAACUGGAGGUACUCCAACUACUUAUUUUAUAUCUGAAGUUAAACAAAUUUUGGUACAAAAAAGGAAAAGAUCUCAAGAAUAUCUUUAUGGAGAAAUUGGUGAAAAUGUAGUUGAUUAUGUUUAUGGUUUAGGUAAAAGAGCUUUAGAUUAUUCAUUAGAAUCAAAUAAAAAUUUAAUUGUUUUAAGAGGUAUUAAAAGAAUUGGAUAUAAUACUCAUAUUGAACCAACAUCAAUUGUACCAACUGGGUAUACAUGGUUUGUUUUGAUGGGUUAUUUAUUAGUUGUCUUGUUGGUUUUGAUUAAAUCAUGUAUUGUUUUAUUAACAAGAGCUAAAAAGAUUAACACAAAUAAUUUUACUAUAUUUAGAGGUAGUUUCAACAAUAUUGUUAAAGGUUCAAUAUUAAGAUAUAUUUAUAUUGGAUCAACACAAUUAAUAUUAUUUUCAUUAUGGGAAUUUACAAGAGUUGAUUCAGCAGCAGUUGUUGUAUUAGCUUGUUUAUUUAUAAUAUUAAUAUUUGGAAUGAUUGGUUGGUCAUUAUUAAAAGUAUUAAGAAUAGGUCAUCAUUCCAAAAAGAAGUUCAAUAAUCCAGCUGCUUUAUUAUAUGGUGAUAAUAAAGUUUUGGAAAAAUACGGUUUUUGCUAUACUAUGUUCCAUGCAGAUAAAUAUUGGUUUGGUAUAGUUUUAAUUGGUUAUAAUGUUUGGAAAUCAGUAUUUAUUGCAUUUUGUCAAGGAUCAGGAGCUGGUAAAGUUUCAGUAUUUCCUGUUUUUAUUGCUGAUUUGGCUUAUACAAUUUUCUUAAUUUGGAAAUCACCGUAUUUAAAUAAACCAACAAACAUACUUAACUAUAUGGUUGCAAUUGUCACAACUAUAAAUUCAUUUUUGUUUUUAUUUUUUUCAGAUUUAUUCAAUCAAGCAGCUCCAGUUAGUUCAAUAAUGGGUUGGAUAUUUUUUGUGCUUAAUGCUGCUUUUUCAUUAAUUUUAUUAAUUUUAAUUAUUGUUUUGAUUGUGUUUUCCAUACUUUCUAAAAAUCCAGAUGCAAGAUUUGCACCAGCAAAAGAUGAUCGUUUUUCAUUCCAAAGAAAAUCAUCCAUUAAGAAUAAAAGAAAAUCAGCAAUGUAUGCUGGUGGAAACGGAGCUGCAGGAGGUGCUGGAGCAGGAGAAUUAGCAGCUUUAGGAAUAGCGGCACAAGAUCAUUCACAAGAUUGGGAAUCACAAAUGUAUAAAUUAAAUAAUUAUUCAAAAGAUGGUGAUGAAUUCAAUGAUACUUCAAAUUCUGGAUCUACACCUGAUCAUAUAACUCCUAAUCCAAAUUAUUAUCAAGAUGAUAAUAUUUUAGAAAAUAAUUCAUCAGUUUAUUCUGGUGAAGAAAAUACUCAAAAAUCACCAGCUAAGAAUCAAUCAUUAGGUGCAAAAUUAAAAGAUUCAAUAGUACGUAAAUUAUCAACUAAAAAAUCCACCAAAUCGCCAACUAAAUCAAAAGAUCCUAAAAAUGUAUCAAGAGUAAGUGAUACUUUAGUCAAUGAUACAUAUUACGAUGAUUAUGAUGAUGUAGAUUCAGAUGAAAAAAAAGAAUUAGCACCUCAACAACCACAACAACAUCCAAUAAUUACAAAAGUUUCAAAUCCUUACUUAAAUAAUAAUUCUCAAUAUCAACAACAACAACAACAACCCGGUCAUAAUAGAAAUGAAUCAACUUUAUCACAAAUUAAUAACCAGAAUCCAACAAAUACAAAAGAUAUUCUUUAA